AUGGAAUCCUCUUUCUUUUCUGACUACGGCCUUAUGUGGUAUCUGGAAGAACUCAGAAAGGGGGAGUUCAGAAAAUUUAAGGAGCUCCUUAAGCAAGAGGCUUUGCAACUUGGACUCACACAAAUUUCCUGGGCUGAAGUAAAAAAGUCAACAAGGGAAGACCUUGCAAACCUAUUGAUCAAGCAUCGUGAGGAACAACAAGCAUGGGAUCUGACCUUCAGGAUAUUUCAAAAGAUCAAUAGAAAGGAUCUCUGCGAGAAGGCCAAGAGAGAGAGUACUGGAAAUACAAAGAUGUAUCAAGCUCAUGUAAAAAAGAAAUUCAACAAUAUAUGGUUCAGAGAAUCUAUCACUAGGAUCCAUGAAUACUUUGCCCAGGAAGUCACCCUGGAAGAACGGGAAUAUUUGGAACUCCUUUUUGCUCCAAGAGCAAAUGGAGAAGAGCCACGUACCGUGGUCCUUAAUGGAACCCAAGGUAUAGGCAAAACAACAUUGUUGAUAAAGUUAAUGUUGGCCUGGGCAAAGGGCACUGUCUAUCAGAAUCGAUUCCUGUACGUUUUCUUCUUCUGCUGCCGUGAAAUGAAGCAGUUGACGGUGACCAGCUUGGCUGAACUGAUUUCCAGAGACUGGCCCACCUCUCCCGUGCCGCUGGCAGAAAUCAUGUCCCAGCCGGAGAGGCUCCUGUUCAUCAUCGACAGCUUUGAAGACCUGAAAUGUGCCCUGGAAGAGCCCAAGUCGGCCCUGUGCAGUGAUUGGAUGCAGCAGCAGCCGGUUGAGGUGGUGCUGGGCAGUUUGAUGACCAAGAAAAUGCUCCCAGAGUCCUCACUGCUCAUCACAGCUACACCUGCAUGCCAAUGGGCCCUCCGGGCUGGGCUGGAGCGCCCAGAAUUUGGAGCCCUCAUGGGGUUCGACGAGAGCAACAGAAAACUUUUCUUCUCCCAUCUUUUUCAAGACAGAAGGGGAGCCAUGGAAGCCUUCAAUUUUGUAAGAGAAAAUGAACAACUGUUUUCCAUGUGUCAAACCCCUCUCCUCUGCUGGAUCGUGUGUACGUGUCUGAAGCAGGAGAUGGAGAGGGGGAGGGACCUGGCCCUGAGCUGCCGACGGGCCACCUCUCUGUAUGUCUCAUUCAUGUUUAACUCGUUCAUGCCCAAAGGUGCCACGUGCCCACUUCGGCAUAGCCAAGGCCAACUGAAGGGCCUGUGUUCCCUGGCCGUGGAGGGGAUGUGGACUGACACAUUUGUGUUCAAUGAAGAGGAUCUCAGGAGAAAUGGGUUAGCUGACUCUGACAUCCCUGCGCUGCUGGGUGUGAAGGCUCUUCAGAAGCACGGGAAGUGUGAGAACUCCUACGCCUUCAUCCACACGUGCAUCCAGGAGUUCUGUGCCGCCAUGUUCUAUCUGCUGAAGAACCCCAGCGACCACCCCAACCCAGCUGUCGGACAUGCAGAGGCACUGCUUUUGACCUAUUUAAAGAACAGAAAAGCACAUUGGAUUUAUUUGGGAUGUUUCGUGUUUGGCCUUUUAAAUGAAAAGGAAGAACGGAGGCUGGAAGCUUUCUUUGGCUUCCAGCUGUCCCCGAAGAUAAAGCAGCAAUUUCUUCAGUGCCUGAAGAGGUUCGGAGAGCAUGAACAUCUUCAGGGAGACAUAAAUUUCAUGAGGUUAUUUUACUGUCUCUUUGAGAUGCAGGAUGAAGCCUUUGUGAGGCAGGUGAUGAACUACUUCCAAGAAGUUAACUUUUCCAUCGUUGACAACGUGGACAUGAUGGUUUCUGCAUACUGCGUUCAACACUGCUGUGGCUUGAGGAAACUUCAACUUUCCAUCCAAAAUGUCUUCAAAGAGGAGAACAGGGACAGCCCAAUGUCACGCUGUAAUCUCUUACGGUGGCACCAUGUCUGCUCUGUGCUUACUACAAACGAACAUCUCAGAGAACUGCAAGUGUAUAACAGCUGUCUCGAUGAGUCUACCUUUGUGACUCUGUGCCGUCAGCUGAAGCAUCCCAAUUGUCGCCUUCAAAAGCUUGGGUUAAAUCAUGUUUCCUCCACUGGAGACAGUUGGAUUUUCUUUGAGGCACUCAUUCACAACCCAGAUUUGAAAUUCCUGAGCCUCAGUGACAUAAGACUCUCCCCCAAUGAGGUGAAGUUUCUCUGUGACGUUCUCAACCAGCCAACGUGCAACAUAGAAGAACUGCUGCUGACAAAGUGCUGCCUCUCAGCUGAUGAUUGUGAAGUCUUCGUCUCAGUCCUAAACAGCAACAAGAAGCUGAAGCAUCUCAAUGUAGCACACAAUACGCUGGGCCAAGGGUGGGACCCGCUGUGUGAGGCCUUGUGCCACCCUGACUGCACCCUGGAAGCCCUGGUGUUAACUUACUGCGGCCUCAAUGAGUCUUGCUGGGAAAACCUCUCUGAAGUCCUUCUGUGUAAUAAAAGCUUGGUUCAUCUAGACCUCAGUGCAAACGACUUGAAGGAUGAUGGACUAAAGCUCCUCUGUGAGGCCCUGAAGCACCCAAACGGCCACCUGCAGUCACUAUGUUUGGUAAAAUGUCUCAUCACCGCAGAUGGCUGUGGAGAUCUUGCCUCUGUUCUCACCAGCAAUCAACAGCUGAGAUAUCUGGAAAUCGGGCGCAAUGGCAUAGAAGAUGUUGGCGUGAAGCUGUUGUGUGAAGCUCUGACACAUCCCAACUGCCAUUUAAAGAAUCUUGGGCUGGAUGCGUGUGGGUUGACUGGAGCCUGCUGUGCGGAUCUGUCCUCUGCCCUAGCCAUCAGUACGACGCUGGAGAGGCUCAGCCUGACACGGAACGCCUUGGACCACGACGGGGUGGCGGUGCUGUGCGAGGGCUUGAGGCACCCCGAGUGUGUCCUGAAGGUCCUGGGGCUCCAAAAAGCUGAUUUUGAUGAGGAAACCCAGGGACUUCUGAUGGCUGAAGAAGAGAGAAAUCCAUACUUGACAAUCAGAGGAAACUGAUGAAACAAAAGACCACGAGGGUAGAAAUCCAACUACAAGUAACCUGGCCUCGUUCUGACCCAAGAGGACCCAUAAGGAUAGGGAUUGUGGCCCUUACUUCUAUUUACUCUGUUCCCAGGAAUUACAAAUCACCGACACCAAUGCAAGCUGUGAUUUUUCUGGCAGCUGCUCAGAUAUGUUUUUAUAUAACAUAUGUAGAUGUGGUUUUUAUUUGCUCUGGGACUUUGGAAAAGCCCCUGAAACAAUUUUGUUGGUAAAAUUUCUAUCCUGUCUCACUGAA